UUCACCCAAAAUUUAUUUAUAUCACCAUUCCUCUCCUCUGUUUCUUUGUGGGAACCACCAAAUUUUAUUACUACAUUUCCCCAUAAAUCUGGUUGCUUUCUUCCCCAGAUCUCCACAUUCCCCAGAUCCAAACCAAGAACAAGAACAAAAAAGAAAAAAAAAUGAAAAGAUUCCAUUUUCCCUCCAUCCAAUUUUCUACCCUCGUGAGUUUCCUCCUCCUCGUCGGCGCCGCCGGAAUCAGAACAAAUACAGAGUAUCUCAGAACUUCCUGCAGCGCCACUUCGUACCCACGCCUCUGCUACACUUCGCUCUCGGUGUACGCCGGCAAGAUCAAGACCAACCCCAGAACGCUGGCCCUGGCCGCCCUCCACGUGAACCUGGCGGCGGCACGGUCCUCGGCGGCGUCAAUGCGGCGGCUGGCCAGAACCCGCGGCCUGCGGCGGAGGGAUGCGUUGGCGAUCGGGGACUGCGUGGAGGAGGUCGGGGACUCAGUGUUCGAGCUUCAGAGGUCCAUCGAGGAACUGGGGCGGUCCCGAGAGCGCGAUUUUGGGGCUCUGAUUAGCGACAUCGAGACAUGGGUCAGCUCUGCUCUCACCGACGAAGAGACAUGUAUGGAAGGAUUCGGCGGCGGCCGCGCCAUUAAUGGGUCUCGUUAUAAUGUCAAGGCUAAGGUCCGGCGGCACAUUGUUAAAGUGGCGCAUUUCACCAGUAAUUCCCUUGCCCUUAUUAAUGCCUAUGCUUCUUCGUCGGCGCCGGAAUUUGCGUUGCCCUAGUAGUUUACUACUCCUCCUUUCCCUUUUCCCUUUUCUGUUUGGUUCUCGGGAAAGUGAUGGAAAAUUAGAAUGUCAUGUUCAGAAUUCAGAUCCACAAUGUAAUUAAAUUAUAUUAUCAUAUAAUUCUAUUCCUCUUCCUCAUCA